UCGAGCAAGUCCAGCCGUUUUCGUUUUAAGCUUUAUCUAACAAAGAUGGCUUCCAAAAAGAACACCAAAACACGUGUGAGAGAUGUUGAUCUCGAUUUAAAGACCAUCAGCGAGCUAGGUGGAGAUAAAAGUGAUGUCCAGCUGUUGGAAGGAAUAGAUGAAAAUGAUGAGGAAGCCAUUGAUGACUUUGAUGAUGGAAGCCAUGAAGAUGGAAUAAAAAAAGAAGAGAUCCUAGAUUUUAUUAAAAAACUUGGUAUCCGAGAUCAGUUCAAUGAAGAUGAACCAAAAGAGAAAAAGGGAAAAGAGAAGAAAAAGACGAAACUUGCAGUCAUGCCUUCUAUGGAAGAAAAUGAAACAGAGGAUGAAUCAGAAGGGUCAAAGAAGAAAAAGAAGCAGAAAAACAAAUACAAAAUUCAGCAUGAAGAAAUUUCCAGUACAACACCUGACUCACAGUCUGGUAAAGGGUGGAGUCCGACUACCCAUCAGUCAUCCUAUACACCAAGGACCUAUCUGCUUAUCAAACCAGGGCAGGAGGAUCUAGAAGAAGAGGAGAGUGAAGAAGUGACUUCAUUGUCCUCAGAUUUAGAAAAACAGAUGGAGUCUUUUGCAUCAAAGCUCCUGGAGGAUGAAGUGUCUGUGUACUUGAAGCAACGAGAGAACUCCAAGAAAUCUGAAACCAAAUGGAUUAAGACAGUCCUGACCACGGGCACACUGACAGACAAAGUGGCAGCACUGACUCUGCUGGUUCAGGAGUCCCCGAUCCACAAUCUUCAGAACCUGGAGAGCCUCCUUAACAUGUGUCGGAAAAAGAGCAAGCGGGAAAGCAUGAUUGCAGCAGACACAUUAAAAGACUUGUUCAUCACAAAAUUGUUACCAGAGAGAAAAUUAAGAGAAUUUGAUCAGCAUCCCUUAGGAGACCUUGGAGUAAUAUCUGGUGGGAAUAAAGAUACCAUUGAUAAAAAACUUCUCAAGUGGCUGUAUGAACACAGACUGAAAGAAAAAUAUUCUUCAUUUAUCAAAGCUCUUGAGGUGAUGUCAAAAGACAAUAUUAUGGCUACAAGACAAAAAGCAAUGGGCAUAUUUUUUGAAUUGCUUGCGGAGAAGCCAGAGGAAGAAAAGGUACUGCUUGCUUUGUUGGUGAACAAAGUCGGAGACCCAGAAUAUAAAAUAGCAGCCCAGGCAUCACAUCUCUUGACAAAACUAGUGGAUAAACACCCCAACAUGAAAGCAGUGGUUGUGAAAGAGGUGGAGCAGCUGCUGUAUCGCCCAAACAUCCCGGUCAAGGCUCAGUACUACUGCAUCUGUUUUGUCAACCGCCUGUUGUUGAGUCAUGAGGAGAGAGAUCUAGCUGUUAAACUUAUCAGACUGUACUUUUCUUUCUUUAAGUCAUUUGUGAACAGAGGUGAGAUUGACAGCAGGAUGAUGAGUGCCCUCCUGACAGGAGUCAACAGAGCAUAUCCUUAUGCCAAAAUGGAAGCAGACUACAUCAAUGAGCAGAUGAAUACACUGUACAAGAUCAUCCACACCGUCAACUUCAACACCAGUAUCCAGGCCCUGAUGCUUAUCUACCAAGUCAUGGACGCUAGUGAGAACAUCUCGGACCGGUACUAUGUGGCCCUGUAUAAGAAGAUGCUGGAGCCUGACCUGAAGUACACGGCCAAACAGGCCAUGUUCCUGAACCUGCUGUUCAAGAGUCUGAAGAAGGAUGUGGUGGAGAGGAGGGUCAAGGCCUUUGUGAAGCGGUUGUUACAGAUCUGUUCCUACCAACCUGUGCAGUUUGUGUGUGGAGCAUUAGUUCUCCUUGGGGAACUGACAAAGGAACAGAAAGGUAUCUUGAGAAUGGACCACACAAAAGAAGAGGAUUCAGAUGACGAGGAGCACUAUGAAGAUUUACCUGCCCCUGAUGAUGGUGAAGCAGAGGAGCAGAGCAGCUCAGAAAGCAGUGAUUCAGAGGAUGAGGGGAAAGGAGCCAACCCAAAGUCCAAGUCUUCCUGGGUUCAUAAAAACCUUAAAAACUCAGGCUUCACAAAAACGUCAGAUUAUGACCCUCAACAUCGGAACCCUUUGUACUGCCGAGCUGACGCAGAGUGUGUCUGGGAACUACAGAAACUCUCCCAACAUUUCCACCCCACGGUGUCACUGUUUGCAUCAAAUCUUCUCAAGGGUGAAGCAGUCAGAUAUAGUGGGGAUCCUCUUCAAGAUUUUACAAUCAUUAGAUUCCUGGACAGAUUUGUGUACAAGAAUCCUAAGAAACCACAAACAUUCACAGAUAUGCAGGGCACACUGUCCAGGUCCAAGUUCACCUCCAAGACCUCCAGGCUGAAGGGGGUGAAGAAAGUCGCCGUCACCAGCGAGGAUUACCUGGAGAGAGCAGAGAGCAAUCUGCCUGCUGAUGAGUUGUUCUAUCACAGGUAUUUCACACAGAAAGCAGAGAAGAAAAAGAAGGUGGAUGAGGAGGAUGAGGAAAGCGAUGAGAGUGUCAGUGACACGGAGUUUGAUGAUUUCCUCGACACCUAUGAGAAACAGCUUGAGGGUGGUGAUGUAGGUGAAGACUUUAGUGACACAGAUAUAGACUUUGCCAGUGCUGUGGGAGUGAAAGCUACCAAGAAAGGCAAGCUAAAGUUUGAAGAAUCGGAUGAAGAAGACCUCAGUGAAGAGGAGGAAGAAGACAUGGAAGAAGAGGAGAUGGGCAACCUGUCUGAUGAAGAGCUGGACUUUGAAGCAGAUGAAGAUUUUGCCAAGGAAUUCCAGGAGUAUGAUGAUGACAUUCAUGAUGCUGAGGAGGAAGUCAGCAGUGGGGAAGAUGAGUUUGAAGAAUUAACCCAAAAGAAGAAAGCUAAAUCUGCUGAUGGUGCCAUUGGAAAAAAGUCAAAGAAAUCAGAGAAAUUAGACUCUAGCUUGUUUGCAGCAGCUGACGAGUUUGCUGAUGUGAUUGAGGAGAGUGCCAGUUCAGGCUGGGACACACUGGGGUCCGGAGCAUUGUCAAAUCAGGACAAGUCUAGUGCUAAACAGUUGAAAUGGGAAAUGGAACGAGAUAGUUGGAUCAAAGGAAAAAAUAAAACAUUUAAAAACAGAAAACAGGGAGCCAAAAGAAAACCAGCAUUUAAAAGCGGACAAAAGAAUAUCAAAAAGAAGAAGAAGUGAAUUAUGUUCUGUCAUCUGUUUGUUAAGGAAUAAAUAUUUCAUCAUGCAAAGAU